GCCAUGGAGAAGGUCCAACUCGCGCUCGAGCGCUUCCUCCCCGAGCUCCGCGACCUCGAGCAGAAAAAGGUCUUCACUCGCGAUGAGAUCUCGGACAUCGUCGCCAAGCGACGUGGCUUCGAGUUGAGCCUCGCCCAGGGCCGUGGCACCAAGCCGACCGACUUCCUGCGCUACAUCGACUACGAGCGCAAGCUCGACAAGCUCCGCAAGGCCCGUGCCGCCCGCAUCGCCUCGGCCGGCACCAAGUCGCUGUCGGACCACUCGAUCUCGGCGCACGUCACGCAGCUGCACCGCCUCGCCGUGCGGCGCUUCCCCGAAUCGCUCACGCUGUGGGACGCGAGCAUCGCGCACAGCCUCACGCAGGCCUCGCCGCUCCUCGUCUCGCGCACGCUCGCCGCCGCCAUCGCCAUGCACCCGACCCACACACCGUACUGGGUCCUCGCGAGCCAGUGGGAGUCGGACGGCGACCGCAAGGGCAUGGGCGGCGGCAACACCGAGGGCGCGAGGCGCCUGUGCAUGCGCGCCCUGCGCUUCCUCAAGGGCCGCAAGGGCGCGAGGCGCGACGACGGCGUCGACGGGCCCGAGGAGCUCGUAUGGCGCGAGUGGAUCCGCGUCGAGGUCGCGUUCGUCGAGCGCCUGAGGGAGCGCUGGCAGGUGCUCGGCAUCGGCAAGGGCGCGACCGAGGACAUCGUCCGCGUCGGCGGCACGGCGGCGGCGGGCGAGGACGCGCCGAGCGAGACGGUCGAUGACGUGCUCGAGGGCCAGGCCGACGAGAUUGCGCUCCCGGGCGCCGACGAGGACGAGGACGCCGAGCUCAAGCAGGAGAUUGACGAGAAGGCGCUGUCGGGCCAGGAGGCGCUCCUCGACGGCGCCAUCGUGCGCCUCGUCAUCGACAACCUCCUCAAGUCCUACUCGCACUCGAUCUUCGCCUACAAGCUCCUCCUCUCGAUCCUUCGCCCUCUCCCUUCCCCUCUUCGCCUCCCCCUCCUCUCGCACGUCUACGCCUCCCUCUCGGCCAACGUCUCGCCCUCGUCCCCCUCGUACCCUGCCGCGCUGCACCUCCUCGCCACCCGGCCCCUGUACGACGUCGCGUACGCGCCGCCGAGCAAGAAGUCGAAGAAGCGCUCGGCCGACGACGCCGAGGUGGCCGAGCCCGAGGACCCGACCGCGAUCAAGGUCAGCGGCGAGAAGCUCGUCGACGCGGUCGGCCAGGCGUGCGACGAGUACUGGGCGGUGCUCAAGGGGCUCGGCGGCGGCCAAGGCGGCGGGCGCAAGGCGGCCAAGGGCAAUCUCGCCUUCCUGUCGGCCAACCUCGCCUCGGCGCUCGCCGCCGCCCCGCCGUCGGCCUUCCUCGCCCUCCUCCACCUCCGCCACCUCCUGCGCACUUCUGCGCCCUCGUCCCAGGUCCUCGCCUUCUCGAAGAAGAUGGCCAAGCAGUUCGGCUCGGCGCCGACGCCGCCCGCACAGCAAGAGCAGGUCUGGGUCGCGCGCCUCGAGACGGCGGGCUCGCUCGCGCUCCCCGACUCGGACGUCGCGCCGCUCUUUGUCCAGGCGACGCGCGCCCUGCCCUACAGCACCAAGCUGUGGGACCUGUACGCGCACUUUACCGAGUCGACGAGCGCCGUUGCGUCGACCCCGGGCGCCGUCGCCGCGUGGUACGAGGCAUCGAUCCGCCGCGUCCUCCUCACCGACGCGCUCCCGCUUUCGUCGACCGUGUUCGAGUCGACGUUUGUCGACGCGCAGGCGCACCCGCCGAGGGAGCUCCUGCCCCGGCGGUACGCGGCCUAUCUCGCGCUCGUCGCGCCCGCGUCGUACGAGUCGUCGCUUGCCGCCCUCCUCUCGAGCGCGCCGACCCUCAGCCUCGACUUUCUGCGGUCCCUCCUCGACCCGACCGGCCCCGCACUGCCGAGCGCGGGCCCGUCGUCGACCCGGUUCCGCCGCGCGCUGCACGAGCGCAUCGUCGCACACCCGGACGCCGACGACGCGGCGUGGGUCGACUAUGCGGCCGAGCUCGUGCGCGCGGGCGAGGCGGUCAAGGGGCAAGAGGUGGUGCGUCGGGCCAAGGGCGCGCUGCAGCUCGAGGGGGGCGAGCGCGCUGUCCGGGCGUUCGAGGCGCGGUGGGAGGAGGUGUGCCGGGCCAUGGAGGCCGACCCAGGCGCGAUCGGGUACCUCCAAGUGGUCGUGCCAGCUCUCUUCCUCGCCGCCGUCGACGACGCCGUCAUGGCCCACCCUCCUCCCCUCCCUCGCCAUGCCGAUCCCUCCUCAGCGUCCGCCCUGACACCCAGCUCACGACACGCACCACCACCCACCAUCCCCGAGCUCCUCCUGCACGCUCUCCCCCUCCCGCACCUCGUCUUCGACUCGAACCUCCGCCUCCAGUCGCUCAACGAGGCGGCGCGCACCAUCCUCGGCGUCCCGCCGAGCCACGUCGCCGUCAAGCAGGGAGAAGCCGACCCGCCACCGGGCACCGCGCACGACUUCCUGAGCGCCACCGGCGAUGACGCACGAGGCGUCCUCGACGCCCUUGCCGACCGCGAGCAGACGCGCAUCGGCAGCGCCGCCUUCUUCGGCGCCGACCAAGGGUGGGCCGAGGCGGACCGGCUCGAGCUGCGAGGCGGCCAGGCGUCGGGCGGGUCCUGGUCCGCCGAGGUCAAGGUGUCGCGCUUCUUCCCGCAGCGCGCCGCCGGCACCAGUACCUCGGCCGACGACCCGUGGUACUCGCUCCUCAUCCUGCGACCAUGGCGCGACUCGUCCCGGGCGCCGCAACAGCACGACGCGCACGCCUUGCCCGACCCGGCCCUGCCGGCCUCGCCGCUGUAUUCGUCCCACCCGGGCCCGUACCGCCGCAAGGACUCGUACAACCACGCCGACCGCACGCCGACGCUCGGAUCGUCGUCGUCGACGAACCCGUUUGGCCUGAGCGCCAUCGCCGAGCGACGAGCGUCGUCCUCGGCCCUCGCAGCGGCGGCGGCAACGACCACGACGUCGCGAGAAGGCGACGGCUCGAGCUGGGAGUUUGAGCAGCCGUACGGCGCGUCGACCACGGCGACGGGCGACGGCGUCGGCGACGUCGACUCGCGAGCAGACGCCGCUCGCACCGGCGCGCCGCCGGCCCCGGCCGAGUGGCCCGAGGUGUCGCGCGCCGCAUCCUCCACGUCGUCGUCGUCGGCUCGUGUCGCGCCGCUGCGCAUCCCGCACGUCGCACUCGCCGCCGCGAGCGCCAUCUCGCCCCGCACGGCCGCAGGGCAGGGCGGCAGCGGCGGCUCGAGCGGCAGUUUGAGCGCCGGCAGCGCGACGUCGCUCCUGUCGACGGGCACGGCGACGACCGCCAGAACGUCGCCGUCGUCGCGCGACGCAGUCGGCCGGCCUCCGAGCGCGGCGACCAUGUCGCUGCCCGAGUCGCUCAAGGGCAUGGGCAUCGCCGUGUCCAGCGCGGGCAUCCAGCUCACCCAGUCGAGCCCGAUGGUGACGCCCGCGAGCGAGUCGUCGGCGAGCCCGGCCAUGUUGACGACGGCGUACGCGCCCGUCGCCCUCGUGCAGCCGACGACGCCCAACGAUGGCCAGACGCCGACGGCGCAGAAUCCGGGCGGCAUCCCCCUGCACCUCCCGAUGCCGCGCUCGCGCCCUCCGCACCCGCUCUCGAUCUCGCGCUCGUCGCCCUCGGCCUCGUCGUCGUCCGGCGGCGGCAGCCCGGCCAUGUCGCCCAUGCAGUACCCGCUCCUGUCGCUCGGCCGACCGCGCUCCCGCCCAUCCCCGACCGCCCGGCGCA